UUAUAAAACAUUAAAGUUUUCUUUUCAAAUAUUUUUUUAAUUUCACAUUUAGACCAUUAAAAUAAGUCGCAAUUAAAACUACCAAGCUUUAUGGAUAUAAAUGUUAAUUUUGGUGGUGUGUCAUAAUUAAAACCAAAAAGUGUCACAAAUAGAAUUUUUGUAGGCUAAUUGUGACACCUGUUAUAAAAAGAAUCAAAUUCCAAAAAAUGUAUACACAUUUUCCAAUGAAAGCUUUAUGUGUAUUGAAUAGGUAAGUAAGAUGAUUGGUUAGACGCAGAUAUUUAGGCUGUUUUAUUACUUUUAACAAAUUUACAGGUUUUUCCUGAAAAAAGAAGAAAUCUAUGUCACAAAUACCCGAAUGUACUGUACCUAAAAAAUACACGUAUAUCAAAAAAUGCACAUCAAAAUAAUAAAAUCAACCUAUUCGAAAAUUAUUUUAUUAUGACGUAAUCGAUAUUCGAGAUAUAACGUUAUUACGAGUUUUUUUUAAUAGCAACAGUCCCAUUUUUUACCCAGAUAAAAUACAUAACAAUAUUUUUAAGGUAAUUGUUACAAAUGACAAACAAAGUUUUUCAAAAAUGUUUUUCUUGAAAAUAUUGUUAUGUAACACCAAUAAAAACUCCCAGGCCGGAUAUUUUAGUACAUUUUAGUACAUCCGGGAAGAAAUUGACAGAAUACCACCUGAAAUAUUGGAGAAAGUUAUGAAAAAUGCUUUAAAAAGAGCUCAUUAUUGCAUUAAUGCUGGGGGUAGCCAUUUGGUCGAUAUUGUUUUUAGUGUAUAACAAAACAAAUUUUUAGAGUUUAAAUAAAUAUUUUUCAUUUAUAAUAUGACUGUUUUUUAAUUAAUCUUACUUUUAUAUAAAAAACAAAUAGGGGACUUUACUUUGCGCCACCUUGUAUAAUAUAGCAUAAUGCUGGCACCGAUUCUUAACCUUUGCAUUUGUUUUGUUUAUACGAAUUAUACGAUACGUAACGUACUGUGCGCUAUUACGUACCGACAGUGUUGCCAGACCUACGGUUUUAAGAGUAGAUCUACUGUUUUUGUUUUGUUAAAAUUAAGUGUUGAAGAAUUUUGGUUUAGGUUAAGUCAAAUGAGAAACUUUACGGAUGAUUUGGAAUAUUCUAAUAUUGUAAAAUUAGCCAAAUUAUGUAAGAUUUUACCCCACAGUAACGCCGAAACGGAAAAAAAAAUUGAUAGCGAGGUUAUCAAUGCUGUUUCUGUCAUCAGAUUUUCAUCCAAAAAUGUUGUCAAAGAUUUACUGUUAUGGAUGAUCACGUGAGAUUAAUGUCAACAAUCCGUAAAAUCUGUAUUUUUGUAUUUUGACGUCGAUCUAUGAAAUUAGGACAAUCAAAAUUAAAUGUUUUGAACUGGUGAUGUUACAUUUUAAAACUGUUUCUUAAAAAAAUGUCAUAAAUGUCAAUCAUGGUUUAAUUUUAGACUGAUAAAAAUGUAGGGAAUUCUAGGGAAAAAAUUUCAAAAAUCUAGGUACUUUUAACUGAGAGCUGUUGGCAUCACUGCCAAAAUAUCCGGCAUGGGAGUUUUUAUUACCAUGAAAUUUGACGUCUAGACACAAAAAAAGUGCUUUUUUAAUUGAUUGUAUCAAAUAAUCGGUAUUGCCAUUUGAAAAUAACUGGUGAAGAUGCCACAUCACAAAUAGUAAUGACGUCAUAAAAAAUAAACGUAUAUUAAAAAUGCUUAUCUAAAAAACAAAAUAUCCAAGAACUUUUUGUUACUUGUCCAAUAAAGCCAGACAUGUUCCGUCAAUUAUGCCUAACCCUGUAUGUAAAGUAUAUUAAAGUAUAUUUUAUUUAUUACGUUUAAACUAUCUAGUAAUAUCACAUUUUAUAAAUAAUAAUUUAACUAUUUAUUAACUAUUUUAUACAAUAAUCCAUUUUUAUUUAUUUUUACACUACAGGCGUCCAUUAAUUACGUGAGGUGUUCAAGGAGGGAGGGAAGGGAUCAAGCUAAAUUUUUCCAAAUCCCACUUGUAAAUCUGACGUAAUUUUUUUUUUAGUAGAAAGUAAAGAAAGUUUCUAGAAUAAAAUAUAGCAAAAUCUUAAUUUUUGUUUAUUUAUUAUUUAUUUUUCUCACUGUGAUUUUAAAUUACUUACUGCAAUAUUCUCAAAUACUAGUCUUUGCUAAUCUUAAAUAAAAGAUGCCAAAGAAGGCAGCAAAGCACCUCGGGAAUUUUGAGUUCAAACAUAUGCCACAUUUUUAGGCUAUUUUAAGGCUAUUUUUAUACCCUAUUCAAAAAUGUUAUGCUCCUCGUUUUUUGCAAAAAUCAAGGUGCUUCGAACAAAGUCAGCAGAACACUUCAGUUUUUUAAAGCUUUUUUCCAAAAGCGACACCAUAUUUUUAGGCUAUUUUUAGGCUCUUAAAAUAUAAA